UACGAAAGCAAAGGUUAGUUAGCGUGCGUGCUAACUUUGCAUGUUGCCGAGCUGACAUUGAGGAUAACUCACCUACAACCUGUGUUUGAUAUCGUUCUUCUCCUUCACAGUAAAAGGAUCGUCAUCAUGGUUUCUGGAAAGCGCCUGGCUGACAUCGGCUAUCGGACCUUUUCCGCCUCCAUGAUGCUGCUGACGGUUUAUGGAGGAUACUUGUGCGCGAUGCGAGGAUACCGCUACAUGCAGAAACAAAACCAGCUGAAACUGGCAGCUGAAAACCAAGAUCCUGAAAUCAUCAAAGACUGACAUUGGAUCGACUGCUCUUCUGUAUAUUGCACAAAUGUGGACAUUGCCCAUUCCUCUUCUGUUUUCUCGUCUAUCACAAAAUCAUGGAGAUUCAAAAUCUUCUCAGGAUAUUAAUGUGUGCCAACAUGUCCUCCACACUAGGAAGACUUGUUGUUAGAAGAGCUGCACCAAGCAAAUUUACAAAUAUCAUCUUUGCAUCAACGACCUGUUUAGGAUCCAUGUUGUAGCGGCCUCUGUUGUGAGAGUGAUGAUGGCUGUAACUGUUUGUAUUAUAUUAAAUUAAAUGCCUUUAAACACACA